AUGAUUCGCCAACUUCUAUUCCUAUUCAUAUCAUUCACUAGUUGCGUCGUCGACGCCCGAAAUUGCUACGAGUGCGCGCCAAUCGUCACCCAGCUCUCUGAAUCUUGCGCGUGCGGCCGAUUGACCGUCGGCUCGGCAUGGAAUAUCGACGAUAAAUAUUUUUCCCAAGCGCGAAAUUCGAGUUGCGGUGGCCAAUUGAUUUGCAACGCGGCGCCGAAAAUGUACGUCGCUUCGCACAUUCGAAUAAACAGCUACUUCUCCGCCGAUAAUCAUCGUUGGGAGUACAAAGAAUCGACGUGCCAAGACUUUUGGGCCGACUUCGGAGUUCAAUGCGAUCGUCGAACAUUGCAAUACAUGAUCACGCGAAUUCCGGUCAACAAGGUCACCUACAUCAAAACCGGCGAUAUUCCGCGAUUCAAGCUUCCCGUUCAACUAACCUAUGCGACGUGUAACGAUUGA